UUUCGAAUUGACAUUUACUUAAGCGGUCUAAUCAGAUGAGGAAAAUGAGAAAUUGUCAUGUUUAUUGAUUUUUGUAAGACAACUGUUUAAUUGUGAGGAUAUAGUUUUCAAGAAGCAAGAAUGUCUGAGAAGGGUGAGAAACCAAUAAAGAUGGGGACGCGGGUGGAGGUGAUCGGGAAGGGCGUUGUUGGAACAGUCGCCUACAUGGGCACCACCAUGUUCUCUGCAGGAAAGUGGAUUGGUGUGGUUUUGGAUGAGUCAAAAGGCAAGAACGAUGGAACAGUUCAGGGGAAGACAUAUUUCACCUGCCCUGAUAACCAUGGGAUAUUUGUACGACAGUCUCAGAUCACAGCCAUAGAUGACCUGCCUGCUGUCCCGGAAACACCAGCAGCAUCCAGACCCUCUGGUCUCCCAACCCCGACGCCGUCAUCUGGACUGCCUACCCCAUCCCAGGGUCAGCGUUCUGUGAGAAAGUCUGGAUUGCGACCACCCAGCUAUGCUGGCAAAGGGACAGAAGCCGAGGUGUCAGCUACACCGAAGCGGGCGACAAGCAUCCCAAAGGACCUGUCAAUUGCUGGUGGCCCGAGAUCCAAGGAGGGCAGCCCUGGUGUGUCCCAGUUGCCCCGUGCUCCUAGCAAGGAGGGACUGGCAGAGAGGACUCCACCGCCUGAGUCACGGCUGAAGAAACCCGGGGAGGGGAAGAAGGCAGGUGCCACGGAGUCACCUACGCAGUCAAAGGUGGCUGCGGCUGACCUGAGUGCACUAUCAUCAAAUAUCGACAGCCGACUUACGAAUCUGCAGCAGCAACAGGAAAUGGAUGGGCUGCGUGCCGAGGUGAAGGACCUUAACGAGAAGCUGGAGACACUCAUGGUGAAACGCUCCGACGACCGAGCCAAACUGAAGGAUUUCGAGAAGGUCAAGAUACAGCUACAGCAGCUGCAAGAGUACAAGGCUAAGAUGCAGGAGGGGAACACAGAUCUACAGAGACAGCUGCAGACCGCCAAGAAGGAAGCAAGAGAUGCCCUGGACCAGUAUGAGCAGUACAAGGAGGAAAUGGCUGACCUGGCUGAAACAGUGGAGAUGGCCACACUAGACAAGGAAAUGGCCGAGGAAAAGUGCGAGGCCCUGCAGCAGGAGUUGGAGCAGUCUCGGGAACGCUGUGAGGAACUUCAGGUUGACCUUGAGAUUCUCAAGAACGAAAUCAGUGACAAAGGUACAGAGGGAGUGGCCACUGACUUCACAGUAAAGCAGCUCACCCAGCAGAUAGAACGGCUCAAGGAGGCUCUCGUCAAGAUGCGUGACAUGUCUAACCAAGAGAAACAUGAGAACCAAAAGUUCCAGAAGCAGGUGGAAAGCAUGACAACAGAGAUCCGCACACUGAGGAAGGACAAGGAACGCCUCACCGGGGAGGUGGCACAGCUACAGGAACAGCAGAUAGACCUCCAGGAACAGGUUGACGCUGCCCUGGGUGCCGAGGAGAUGGUGGAACAACUGACAGACAGGAACCUGCAGCUGGAGGAUGCCAUCGGGGAAAUACGUGAUGAGAAAAAUGAUCUUGAAGCCAUGAAUGAAAUGAAUGAAGAGCUGCAGGAGAAUGCCCGGGUCACAGAGCUUGAACUACGAGAGGAGGUCGACCUAGCACAUGCUAAAACACUUGAGGCUGUGCGCAAGCUAGAGGCAACCCAGGAGUCUAUGUCUGACUACGAGAAAACCAUCAGCAAGUUCCGGGAGCUGGUCGCCUCUCUCCAGGAGACCAACAAGGAGCUGCGUAGUCGCGAGGCAGGUACAGCAGAGGGCAAGGUGGAGUCACCACAGGUCGAGAUGUUCGACUUCAAGACGCGCUUCGCAGAGUCCAAGGCAUUUGCCAAGACCAUUGAUAUGGAGAUACGCAGACUGGAUGUUCAACAGGCAAACACCCACGUACAGCUGCUGCAGUCCUUCAUGGCAGAAUCCUUCCUCAAACGUGGAGGUGACCACGAUGCUAUCCUGGUGCUACUGAUGAUACCCCGCAUCAUUGGAAAGUCAGAGCUGCUCGCCACACAGAUCAGGGACAAGUACGAGCCGUUGACCACGUUUGACCGCACCACAGUACUCAAGUCUCACCAGGGUGAACAGAGCAGCUUCGCGAACCACCUGAUUAUGAUGCUGAACAUGCUGCAGAGCAUUAUGAGGCAGUACGACAGUGCCCUUAAGACAUGCAGUGUGGAUCUGUUCCUCAAGGUCGGGACCCUGCUGCCAGAGAUGGGCGCACACGAGAAGUCCCUUGAUUACUUCAUUGACCUCCUCCGCAAAGACCAGCUGGAUGAGACAACAUCAGUAGAGCUCCUGGACAAGUCCAUUAACUUCUUCCAGCAACUGUACUGUGUGCACCUGGUUGGUGAGGAGGUGAACUGUACGACAUUCCUGUCCGACCAGACAAGGCUUGUUCUCUCCGCCUGUGACGCCAUCGCCACCGACAUCGGCAGGCUCAAGGUCCUCAUUAUGCCCGGCCAGGAGAACACGGAGAUAUCGAUCCUGCUGCGCACCCUGGAGAACUGUAAUAGCGACACCCGCACGUGUGCACGCAAGGUUUUCUCGUACCUCACCUUGGUGAAGAGGCGUCUCCCCCAGGGCGACCACGCCAGCACCGCUGCGCCCCUCAGCUUCAGCAAGGAGGUACAGGAGCUAAUCCAGCAGACAGCAGGCCAUAUCCUGAAGGUAGCUCGGACCCUACAGCUGCUUGCUUCAGGGGCCGUACAGCAGGCUGCUCUCCUUACUGAUGGGACGUACGAGCUGGAGAAAUAUAAGGACACGGAGGGCUUGCUGCCCAAGAAGCUUGAGGAGCUGGCCUACCAGGCGUGUGACCGGGUGUAUGGCAAGGACGAUACAGGCCUUUAUGACUGCCUCAAGAUGUCAUUUGGUAUCGUCGUGGGAACCAUGAACAAGACUGCAAAUGCCAUGGAGAAUGGGGAGUACGACUUUGAUGGCACGGUUGACAAAAAGCCUGUUCCCCCAGCGAUACUGCGAGCCAACAUGGUGAAGGCAGCCGUGUCGGACAUCGAGAGCCUAAAGCUCAAGCUGGAUGGCCGUGACGAGGCCGUACGGGAACUCAAGAAACAACUCAAACUUAAGCAAGAGGAGGUGAGUGAGGCCGGGCUUCGUGUGAGUCUCGUGGAGAAAAAACUGGAGACAGCGAGCCGGGACUCGGAUGAGAGGGUGGACAUGAUACAGCGACAGCUAGAUGACGCCCUCAACAACAUGAGGAAGAAGGAGAAGGAGUUUGAACAGACCCUGGAUGCACUGCAGGCGGACAUAGACACACUGGAGCAGGAGAAACUGGAGCUGAAGGAACGACUUGGUGUGCUCUCCAAGAAAACCCUGCUGGAGGGUCUCACACGCCAGGCUGGACACCCAGGUUUGUCCAGUGCAGGCUCCCUGUCACCCAGCAGCAGUUUCUCCGCCCAGGAGUCGCCCGCCCUGCUUGCACAGAUAGACUUCCUAAAGGAGGCGCUCCACCACUCCCGGUCAGAGAGCACCCGCCUAGCUGCCGACAAGAUGAGGGACCAGAUGGCCCGCUUACCUCCCCUGCGCGUGCCCCAGAAGCCUGUGGGUCUGGGGAACCAGACAGUGGCUGUAAACCUGGGUGACCUGCCUGAGGGGGCCCCCGGGAGGGUGGAGCUGGGAUCACUUGCCAAGCAGACAGCGGAGCUGCUCAAGACGGUGAGCUCUAUGAGUGGCUGCCCACGAGUGGUGGACAUCAGUAACAGGAAGCCAGGUGAGGCCCCGGUGUCACUAUCCAUGAGCCCCAAACAACAGCUGGUGAAGAACAUGGCCACCCUCACACUCCUGGAGAAACGCACGCAAGAGCUGCAGGUCCAGGUGACCACUCUGUUAGCUGCCAACCGGACGGGCGGUCAAGUACGAACAGACUUCUCUGUGUUUCCUACACCAGAGUUUGCCCGGGUGUUACAUGAGAAGACUGGUGAUAGUGUGCUGGUGGGGCGUGUCACCGUGCCAAUGCCCGGGGGUCAGGGGCAGGUAAUCCCUGUCAAUGUUCACGCCUCGCACCUCCAGACCAUCCACAACCGAAUGAUUUCAUGAUCCAUGGGAGAUUACUCCAAGUGCAAUACUGAACAAGACUUUAUAUGUAGCAGUGAUUGAAAUGCUCUAAGAUAAUCCUGAAUAUUACAUUCAUGGUAAUUCCAUACAAAACUCAUGGGACCAAUUCUGAUAUUGAUAAAGCAAGCCUUGGCGACAUUUAUAACUUUUAUUAAACAAGUUCCAUAAAUUUGUAUGGAAUUACCAUGAAUGUGAUGUUCUAUUUAUAUCAUAAAUACCAUUCUGAUAAUUUACGGAGCUAAAUACUUUAAACAUAACUGAAAGUGCAUACAAAUUACAAUGCUUUCUACCUACGAAAUCAUGCCAAAACUUAUUGUACCAGUUACAUAUAAAAAACAAAUACAGCCGUUAUUUCAUGUCUGUGACUUCAUUCAUGAUAUAAAUUUUCAAAUUAUUAUUAAUAAGCCUGAAUAAAAAAACAGAAUAAACAAAAAAUAAUAAAGCACAGGCUUGCUUUGGUUUUACGCGCUUGUGCUGUGCUAAUUUCGAUCAGUUAUUAUUACAGUCUUGUGGCUUUGGUGUUGUGUGUAGUGCUUAGUCAUGAAUUAUAACUUAUUAACUGUAUUUAUUAGUGGUGAAAUAUAUGAGUACUUGUUAAGAAAAUUACCUGAUGUUGAAAAUCUUAUUUUGGACCAAGAAUGCUUGGUCACAGACCGCUGCAUUUCUCAGAGACAAUUUGAAUAUGUCCGUGAAGUGCUUGUCAAUUUAAGAUUAUAAUGCAAUAUACACUGUCAUUUUAGGUAUUUUCAGAAAAUGUUAUUUCUUUAAAUUUCAUUAAUGUUGAUAUGAUUCAGGUAUUCCUAAAACAUUUUAAGUCUGGUUAUUUACUUAAAUUACCAUUGAGAUACUUAAUGUAAAAGAAUGACUUAUUAAAGUUUGGAAGAUACUUUAUGAAUACCAGCCUUGAAUUAUUGUUAUGGAACCUGUUCAUUUACAAGUAUGUUGGUCAAGGUCAUCUAUAGGAAUACUAUUAACUUAGUAAUUAAGUUAUGGAAAUAUUUUAAGUAUUAUCUGAAUGUAUCUAUUUUCCCUGCAUUUUUCCAUUAUGUUUGGAAAUAAAUGUGCUUACUGCA